ACAACCGAUUUUUUUGUUUGGUUAUAUUGUCUCAGUCGAAUAUUAUAUUUUGUGUGCUCGAAAUGAGCGCUACAGUUAUUAAACACGAACCAUGUGAUGUUUUUGAAUUACCAAACAAUGUAGAAUGUGGUUUAAGUUUUGCCGAAGUCAAAUGUGAAGGCUACAACAGUAAUUUAAAAGUUCAACAAACAACAUUCUCAGGACGCGAUGCAAAUAAUGAACUGAAAGCUGAGUCUAGUUAUACUGAUAUUGAAAAUCUAGACGUAAUUGUACCAAAACUUGAAGAAGUUGAAGAUCAUUGCUUAGACUUGUCCGUAGGUGUUAGUGAAAUUAUUAGUAUCAAGAAAGAAAAGAGUAACUAUACAUUUUUAAAUAAACAAUGUAAUGAUGCUAAAUUUAAAAAGAGGAAAGUUAGAAAACAAUUCCAUUGUCCUGUUUGUAAUAAAGAUAUCCCAUCUGCGAUCAAAAGGAAUGAACAUGUAAAUUCACAUUUUGGCAAGAAUGUUGUUGCUUGCCAAUUUUGUGGAGAAUGUUUCGCAAACAAAGAGGAUUUUUUACUGCAUUGGAUCCAAUAUAAAACAAAAAAUAGUAUAAUACUAGUUAAAAAUCGUCAAACUCUAAUAAAAAAACCAUUUCAAUGUGAAAUAUGUUUGAAACAAUAUGUCCAUAAACAAUCACUCAGUAGACAUGAAGUUAUACAUAAAUUAGAACUUCCACAUCAAUGUACAGAAUGUUUUAAAGGUUUUCCAACUAAAGGUCAGCUUGAAAUACAUACGGUCGUACAUAAAGGAGAGAAACUGUACAUUUGUGAAAUUUGUUUGAGAGGAUUCAGUUUCAAACAUCAUCUGAAAUGUCACAUGCUUUCCCAUACAGGUGAAAAACCUCACAAAUGCGAAAUUUGUUUCAAGCAAUUUUCCAUUAAAUCCACUCUGAAGAGACACAUGCUUUGCCACACAAGAGAGAAACCUUACAAAUGCUUAAUAUGUUCAAACGAAUUCGCACAAAAAGCACAUUUAAAUAGCCACAUGAGAUGUCAUACUGGAGAAAAACCCUAUAAAUGUGAAAUUUGCUUCAAAUCAUUCAGAUUUGCACAAACAUUAAAAGGUCAUAUGCGUACUCAUACCGGCGAAAAACCCUACGAAUGUAGCGUUUGCUUGAAGAAAUUUGCAUUAAAUAGAGAUCUACAACGACAUUUGUUGUGCCACACAGGAGAAAAACCCUAUAAAUGUGACGAUUGUCCUGCGAAAUUCGCACAAAGAGUCAAUUUGAAACACCACAAACUAUCCCAUACCGGGGAAAAACGAUUCAUAUGCACUAUUUGUUCCAGACGGUUUGCUACAAAAAGAAGUUUAGAUAAUCACGCUCGCGGUCAUACCGGAGAAAGACCGUUCAAAUGCGAAAUCUGUUUGGAAAAUUUUAAAACUAAAGCGACUUUAGAUCGUCACAUUCGUUCGCAUAUGCAAGAUAAACCGCACAAGUGCGAAUUUUGUUUAAAACGAUUUGUGCAAAUUAAAUAUUUACAAAAUCAUAUGUCAUGUCACAAUAAAAAUAAACCGUUCGAGUGCGGUACUUGUACAAAACGAUUCAAACAAAAAGGGCAGUUAGAAGAUCACCUAAGGUCUCAUAUAGGUGUAAAACCGUUUUCUUGUUUUACUUGCUUGAGACAGUAUACUUGGAAGAAGAAUUUGAGGUAUCAUUUACGUACCAAUCCAGGGCAUUGAAAUAUUUUUUCCUACAUAUACAGGGUUUAUCAAAAUAUUAUUCAAUAUUAUUCGAUAUUCAUAUGCUCGCAAUAAAAUGAUUUCGAAAUUACCGCA